GCUUCCUUUUAGAUUGAAAUAAAAUGUACAACAAUAUAAUACAUAUCAUCAAUCUUGAAUCGCAUUUUGCAGUGUUCUAGUUUCGAUGUAAUCGCGUACUGGAAGUGUACAUUUUUGUAAUAGGUAGUGCAUGUCUUGUCGUUUGUUCUUUUCGCGUAACGUAUCUAUCAAUUUCAUAGUGAUCUGUGCUCGAUUCUUAAGCAAAUGAAAAUGACGAAUCAAGAAAAGCUACUUUCUGCAUUCAAGGAGAGAAGAAUUGAACAUUUCCGAAAGCUCGUUAAGUAUAGGGACAUUGAUGUUGAUUACUUUUACGGAGAGCCAGAUAACGGAACGUUAUUAGAUUUGGCCGCCAGGUUCGCGGGAAACGAGCAAUACGUUUUUGAACUAAUACAAAGCGGUAGUAAAUUUUGGCGCAAGGAUGAAGAGACUGGUAAAUUAGUGAUACAUGAGAUUUUCAACAUACCAGACAGAUAUUUGUUGUACAAUACCUGGAAGGGUAUAGACGUCUCAUCCAGAUCAGGAAAUGACAAUGCUAAUAUUAUGAAAGUAGCUGUUGAAGAGGAUGACAUCGAGGCAAUUACGCGUCUAGCUCGAUCCUAUUCCGUAGUACACGAUAGCUUCGAUCAUGAUCGUUCAGAAGCUCAACAACACUUCAUUCUGCUCCAAGGAAGCAUUCAUGCAGUUCGGGUGUUCUUCAAGUACUUCGACGUGGACAAGGAAUUUCAAAAAGAUUCUCAGGGAUGCGUUCUUAGUUCUCGCGAGAUAAUCUUGAAAAAAUAUCCGGAGCUGAAAGCAGAGCUCCCAAAACGAUCACCGAACGAGCUAAAGAAAAUUUUAUUUUCAUACCUAGAAAAUGGUGCUCCUGAAUUAUUUGUGAACCGAAUCGCCGAAAUUGACACAGAAAUGCUGAAUGAUGGAGUGCAAGAAUAUACAAAGUUGACAUACUUACAUGUAGCAUGCAGAAACAAUUACAUCGACGUGGUGGACGCGUUGUUGAAAAAAAACGUCCACCUGAAUGAGUUUGUUUCAUAUUCCAACGAAUAUGCGCAAAAUGUGACGCCAAUAAUGCUGGCCGUUUUCUACGGUCACUGCGAAAUAUUCAAGAAACUUGCAAUCAUUCCCGAAGUUGAACUGCAAAAUACAGAUGGAUCAGUUUUGCAUUUAGUGUUGCAUGGUAGGCAAUCUAUGCAGGAUCAGAAUCGUUCAACCGACGGUCAUAGCAUGAUACUGGAAUUACUUCUGAAGCGGCAUGAUCCUCACGAUUAUGAUCUACCAACUAUAAGUCCAAUCAGAGUAAACAUAGAACACACAGAUGAAAACAAUAGGACAGCUCUUCAUUACGCGUUAAAAUUCAAUAACGAAUUCGCCAUCAAGUUACUUCUUAGAGCAGGUGCCAAAUUGUACCGAAAGGAUCAAUCUUUCUUGACUUCGAUUUCAGCUACAAUCAUAGAAGGCUAUUUCGAUAACUGCAUUCGUUCAAGUAGAGAAUUCCAUUGGAUCCCGGUUGAAGAGGACAACGCAAUAAUAUUCAACUACAAAAUAUUCACACAACUAGACCUAUAUUCCAUUGCUACCAAAAGCAAAGGAAAUUUCUUCGCGCGAUUCGAAUCAGUAACUGAAAUGAGGAAACUAUACAAGCAUCCGCUCACAAAAAGCUUGCUCUAUUUGAAAUGGCAUCUCGUUAGAAAAUAUUACUACGUUAAUUUGGCAUUCUAUUUAUCAUUUUGUUUGGCUCUCAGCACGUAUAUUUUCCAAAUUCAACACUGUCCACCAUCAUCGACCAAUUUCAACGACUCAGCAUCAACGAAUACAACAACUGAUCGCGGUGCAUCUUCCAUUCCAUGCGACGUAUCAUUGUGGACUUGGCUGAUAACAUUUCUGCUCUACAUCGUACUUAUUUUACGAGAACUGUGCCAAUUUUCUGUUUCAAUUCGGCGGUACAUCGGUAUGCCAGAAAAUUGGUUGGAAAUGAUGAUGGUCGUGGUGAUUGGUUUUCUCAUCACGAAUGACACCAAUACACAUUUAUCCGCUAUCGCUAUUCUAACAUCAUGGAUCGGGUUGAUAUUAUUACUGGGUAAGCAACCGUCAUUCUCAAUCUACAUAGAAAUGUUCAAAACAGUUGCGUCGAAUUUUGCCAAAUUUCUGCUUUUAUACUCGAUUUUAGUCGCAUCAUUCGCAUACAGCUUCUACAUCUUAUUUAGAAAUAAAACAAGCGGACACGCAUCGUCUCAGAAUGAAACCAACCUCAAUGUCAAUACUAUAGAUCGAACGAAUGACAAUUUUAUGAAUUCGUGGAAAAACUUGCAAAUGUCGUUUUUCAAAUCGAUUAUCAUGAUGGCAGGCGAAUUUGAGGCUUCCACCCUACCGCUUGAUUCGAAUUUUAGUUACGGCCACGUGUUUUUCAUACUUUUCGUCUUCUUAGUCACCAUGGUACUUUACAAUUUACUUAAUGGUUUGGCCGUCAGUGAUACUCGCGCCAUCAUGGAGGACGCUGAAGUAGUUGCUCUGAUAUCGAGAGCAAAACUCAUCUCGCAGAUAGAACGCCUAGCCGUUAGAAAUCCAUUCAGCCAUGCUUUCAAAUGUGGAAUAACCGAACAACUUGAAAAGGGGUAUUUAUUUUUGCGCAACAAAUUAUUCGGAGAUGAGAUACUCAUUGACGAAACAGAGCGGAUUUAUGUGUACCCAACUAAAAGUAACAGAAUAGAAAUUGACGGUAAACGUUGUGGAAAAUGUUUUGGCAAAAUGCCGUCCACCAUUGUAAAACAUGCCGAAGAAAUUUUAGAAAAACGAAAACAAUCCAAACCGGCCAAAAAUCAAAAUCGAAAUUCGUUAACAGAUGUUACAAGAAACGACCCAUCUGAUUCCGAGCAUCAAUCUGUUGCUAGCGAGCAAACAAGCAAUUUGAAACUUGAAAUCGACGCUAAAAUUGCUGCACGUGAUGAAAAGUUAUUGCAAAACGUUGAUAUACGGUUUGACAAAAUCAAUAAAUUACUCGAAUCCGUCUUGCACGAGGUAAAUCUUCUCAAGAAUAAAGACAAUCAGAAACUUUGAUAGACGUGCAGUGAUUGAAUGAAAUGUGUACACUUUAUUUUUUAUAAGAUGAGUUGCAUUUUCCAGUUAUGUAAUUUACGUAAAAUUUUCGUCAAAGCGCGUUGGUAACUACCUAUUUGCUUUUUAUAGAAUUGAAUAAGCACAUGCACAUACUCGUAGUUCAUAUUUCCGUUAAAGGCGUUAAUUUGUGAUGAAAUUCAAGAUUUCUCUAAUGUUUUGUAAUUUACUUCAUCAAACAAAUGCAAAUUAAGUAUGGUUUGUUUAAUUUCUCUUGCUUUUCAAACUGGAAACUAAUUAGAAAAUAUGUUUUGUGCAAAGAAAAAAAUUAGGCGAA